CAAGUCACCACCUCCUUACUCGCUCAAGUAUUGUUUCAUAUCGACCAUUUGCUUCUGUAACCCCUUGAAAGUUGAAUCUCUCACCGGACGACACUGGUAUUGUUCAGCCAUCCUACUCAGCCGGCCGUCAAACUUUACACCCAUUCUCGUCAUGAAGAUCUUCUACAUCGGAGUUCUACGGAACGACCCAGUCCCUGCCACUGAACUUGCCGUCGAGCGAGACCUGUCAUCAUUUUCCCGCUUCACCCGCGACAGGUCAGUCCCAUCAUCCACGGACACAAGAAACCCCCUCCCCCAGACCGACACAGACGUGACGAACUGACACAUACCUUCCCACAAAACAGCUAUGGCGAAUUCAUGACCAUGUUCGCCAAGACGGUAGCCGAACGUACCAAGCCGGGCGUGCGUCAAGACAUUGAAGAAAAAUCCUACACAUUCCACGCCUACGGAUCGAGUCAGGGUGUGGCAGGCAUCAUCAUCAGCGACGCCGAGUACCCCGCCCUGGUGGCCCAUCAACUCCUCUCCAAGAUCGUCGACGAAUUCACCUCCCAGAACCCGCGGUCGAGCUACUCCAGUCCGAGCGUGUCGAGUCGACCGUUCCCGCAGUUGAAGGAGUACAUUGUGAAAUACCAGAACCCGAACGAGGCGGACAGCAUAAUGAAGGUCCAGCGGGAACUCGACGAGACCAAGAUCGUCCUGCACAAGACCAUCGAGAGUGUGCUGGAGCGAGGCGAGAAGAUUGACAGUUUGGUCGCCAAGUCGGACGGGUUGAGUGCUCAGAGCAAGAUGUUUUAUCAACAAGCCAAAAAGCAAAACUCUUGCUGUGUGGUAAUGUGAUGAUGGGGGAACGUGAAAUCGGCAAUAUAUUUGUGUGUGCAUGUCUGUGUGUGUGGGUGUUGCAGGAUCAGAAUAUCAACGAUUGGGCAUUGAGCAGGCUAGGAUACUUUAUGAUAUGAUACCUAAGAAUUGCCGCCGCAUACUACAGUCCUUUUCGCUGGUCAAGGGCAAGCAGGCGUUAUCAGGCGUUGACCAAGUACUCCGUACUCGAGACGAUAGGUAUAUAUACCUAUGGAAGAAACAUGUCCAGCUACAUGCCAUGACCCCGUGAUGACUCCUUG